GGUGCCCACAAACAGGAGGUAUCGCCACAAGCAUCUACAGCUGAGAAAUGCAGUGAUCCGAAAGCAGUUUUUCUUAAUAUAUCAACAUCACUGCACCGUGUUAAACUGCCUUUGAAUGCACCAUGAAGCCGCAGCUGGUAGGGGCCAAGAAGCGCCUGAAAGCAGCCGGAUCCGAAGCUGCUCUGUCUCUGCAACAGGAGCUUGUUGCAGCUAUACAUGGCGCGUUUGAAGUGGCUGUGGAAAUCGCAGUUCGAGAGGUGACAAACCUCGUAGGUCAGGCCACAGGAGAAGCCUAUGCAGAGAUAAAACGAGAGAACGAGUCCCUCAAACAAAGACUGCAGAGAGCUGAGGCUAAGCUGGAGAAAAGGGGUGGCAGCAGCUCUCCUCGUACCAAGCAGCUCCCGAACGCCACAGCCCUCACAGAUCAACAACCUCACCUGGAACGCCACCAGAAAAGCCCUAAUCCCAAAGUGCUUUGUGGCACUGGGGUCAAAUAUCAGGCUCUUGUUGUAGGUCAGACUCACAGCCGUGCACACCAGCUCCCUGACCCCCAGUCAACACUAGAGGAGCAGAGAUCACGUGAUGCAAACACUCAGCAUGUCAGCGAUGCAAACACUCAGCAUGUCAGUGAUGCAGCCUCAGAGAAAGCAGAUGAUGAAGGAACCGUUGCCUGCCUCCUUGCCUUUACUGAAGAAGUCAGUGAAGAGAUCUCCCGUCUGGUAAGGGUAGAAAGUAUCAACCAGCCUUGCCGAGAACAAGCAGCUCAAGGCUCACCAUUACUUCCCAGUGUGGAUGAAGAGUCUACAUUAAACAAUAUGACAAUAAAGCAGGAGAUACUAGAAGAGGGGGAAGAUGAUUCAGGCUUCUGUUUGGAUUCGAUCAAAGUGGAGGAUUUUAGCCUGGACUUCAUGUCACCGAUCCAGGCUGAAAUGUUGGUGGAGUGUAAACCAGAAGUGCUGGAUGUUCAGAUCCAAGAAUCAAACGCUCCUCUGUCGUGCGCCAGACUGGCCCAGGACUUGCCAAACAUCUUCCCUCUGGCAGAACCAGCUCAUAUCCCAGAAGCCCCCCCCCAGGUUUAUGUCCACGUGAGGACUAGUCGCAACAUCAGCCACUCAGUCAGCAACCACUUUGCCUGCAAGUCCUGCAGCCAGACGUUUCCCCUGCCCAGCCUGCUGCGGCGGCACAACAGCCAGUGCCAGCAGAGGCUCCAGCAGUGUUAUCAGCCAGUAGAUGGAAACAUGAGGCCCAAACUGCAGCUUUUUCCCCCGGGCCGCAGCCCGUUCCGCUGCACAGAAUGCAACCGAGAGUUCAACCGCCUGGAGAACCUCAAGACUCACCUCCGCAUCCACACUGGAGAGAUGCCUUACAAAUGCUCGGUUUGUUCAAAGUGUUUCCGUCACUCUGGGGCGUUAACCCGGCACUUCCGCAUCCACACAGGAGAGAAGCCUUACAUCUGUGGACAGUGUGGGAAGUCCUUCAGGAACUGUGGGGGGCUUAAAUUCCACCAGCGUUCCCAUAGCAAGCAACUACAGUAGCCACACUUGUUUUUAAAUUCAUGCAUAAUGAACAAAGCUAUGUUUAAGUGUUUGAAUACAUUUUGGUGUGAAAGUGAAAAGUAGGGUAAUAUUUUAUCAGAUACUUUACAUAUAUAGCACACAUAUUUAGUCUUAACUUAAACCUUGGUGACAUUUGUUAUUAUUUUGUUUCAUCAUUAGACAAAACUUUACAGGUCUUACCUUUGAGAUCCAAUUUUUUUGAAGAGCUCUCAACCAGGAAGUAGUAUCAGUUUAAUUGAUAAAAACUGUCAAGUGCAUCAUAUUGAGGUCUGUAAUGGAAACUUCUGGAGCACAGAGUCGAAAUACGAUGAGAACACGGGAGAGCUGGAACUUGAUGGCAAACACUGAAGGUUUGUUAUGAAGUUACGGCAGGAGAAUUGUCAAAGCCAUUUGCUGCAGCCACGAGUUGACGCAGCGCUUGCCUCACCAUUUCUGAAGAUUUCUCACCGCAGUCCCAUGUAUUUAGCUGGUUCUGAGAGAAUAAUCAACAUUUUGCAUAACAAGAUAAAACAGGGCAAAGCACUAUAACUCAUCUAUCAGCUGACCGCAACACGCAGGAAUAAGGAGACAAAUCACAGAGAGCCCAGCACUCCAAGGUCGCAGGCCUGUGCUCAGUGAGGGAAGUAAAAACGGAUAAACUAGGUGAAGUUAUGGGCCUAAGAAAAUAUUUUCCCCAACAAUGUCAAACCAUAGAUUAUCUUUUUAAUGAAACAAAUACGAUUAGCUGUAUUUUCAGUGAUGUUCAAUAAAUCAGUGUCUUCUCAUUUGUAGAAAAGAACAAGUAGAAAUUCAAUAUAUUGAAACUGUUAGCAGUGCAAUCAGCCACAACUGCAUAUGAAGGCUCAGUAGACACUCAUUGAUGAAGUGAGUGGAACCUUUCAGUGUUACUCUAAGUGCCAUUUUGUUACAACUUGUUUGUUUCAUGAGAGUUAUUAAAGAAAAUGUUUGUUAUUUAAUAAGUAUUAUUUUUAAAGUUGUUUUUGGUCACUCAUUUCUCCUGAUAUAAUUUCAUGGAAACUAUGGACGCUUAUUAAAUUUUAAGAUUACAUUCUAAGUAGAGGAAGAAAGUGUAUUCAAGCCACGAAUGACAUGAGAUGUACCAAGGUCAAGAUCAGAAAUAGCAUCUGUGUAGUCCUCAUCUACCUGAAAAAGUAAUCUGCUGUCAAUUGACUUCUCAUAGUCAGACUGCAGGCCUGUUUUUUUUUAUUUCUGACUUUUUCUCUAAAUUUUGACUUUUAAAAAUGUCCCACUAUUUUCUCAUUAUUUUAACUCCAUAUUCAUGUGGCCUUGAUCAUCUUCUUUUUAAAAUUCACACUUUGUCUCCAAAUGUAUUUUCCUUUUGAUUACCUUUUCAAACAUCUGAUUUUAUUUUCUCCUAAUUUCGACUUUUUUGAAUUUCUGAUAAUUUUUUCAAAAUUUUGACAGUCAAAUGCUUCAUUUUGUUAGAAUGACAGGUGACACUUAACAGUUCUGUUCAGUUUUACUUCCAGUCCGCGUACUGUAAAUAAUUUGUCAUUUUUGCUCAGUAAUGGGGUCUAGAUUGUUAUCUCAACUGUUUAUUACAAAUAAACUGUCAGCGUCAAAGUCA